CGCCGCUCCGCGCCGAGCCCCCGCCCGCCUCAGAUGUGCAGAGCCGCCUGUCCUGAGCCCCGCAGCAGACACUGCCCCCGGCCCCGAGCGGCGCACACCCGCACCCAACCACCCACCCACAGUUCCUGGAGACGGAAACCUUUCUUACUUUUCGGGCAGUUGGAGUUGGAGGAGAAACUAACAAGUGUCGUGAAGAAAGAAGAAGAAGAAGAAGAAGAAGACGCGCUGGAGCCCAUCAGGGACUGUCUGCCUGUCGCCGUGGACGCGUGGCUGUUUGUUUCGCUCAGCGUCGUGGCCGCCCGAUUCGCCCGCCGCACCGGCCCCACAGAUAAUUAAUCAUUCACAGACAGAGAGGAAAGGAAUGGGAUAUGACUCCAGGCGAUAAGGUGGAGGAAGACUUCAGCUCCACAAAGAACAUAGAUGAAUAUUUGCCAUGCUACAUGGGAAGGCUGUGAGCUCCACCCUGCUCUUGCUCCUCAUCCCCGCCAUCUUCGUUUCCGCCCGCGGCCGCGCCUACCACUGUUUCUCCCGCAAUGACACUGAAUUCCAGCACCUGGUGCUCCACCCGGACCCCACUGUGGGCACGGUGUACGUGGGCGCCAGGGACCACCUCUUCCAGCUGGACGGAUCAGACGGACUGCGGCUGGAACAGGAGGAGACGACCGGCCCCGUCAGCGACAGCAAAGACUGCCUUCCCCCGGUCACCAAGUUCAACUGUCCCCAGGCCCGGAGGACCAGUAAUCACAACAAACUACUACUGGUGGAUCCGACGGCGUCGGAGCUGAUCACCUGCGGCAGCGUCCACCAGGGCACCUGCCAGAAACGCAGCCUGUCGUCGAUCAAAGAUGUGCUCUUCUCCACUGAGAGGCCCGUGGACACGCAGUAUGUCGCGGCCAAUGACCCAUCAGUGUCCACCGUAGGGCUGGUGGUGGGGCCUCGAGGCGGGGAAAGGACAGUGAUGUAUGUGGGUAGGGGCUACACCGCCAGCCACCCACCCAUCUCUACCCGCCACCUUUCAUCACCACCCAUCUUUUCCUACGAGGAGACGGCGAAGCUGGCCGUCGCCGGGCGCCUGUCGGAGUACGACCACCAUUUUGUCACGGCGUUCACGCGGCGCGCCUACGUGUACUUCUUGUUUUACCGGCGUGACAUCAAGUCGCCGUCGAGGGAGUACCGCACCUAUGCCGCCCGAGUGUGCCUCGACGACACCUCCUACUACUCGUAUGUGGAGGUUCCUCUUGUCUGCCGAUCCCCAACUUCUCCCGCAAGGAUGUACAACCUGCUCCUGGCAGCCCAGGUGGGACAAGGUGCAGGCCAGCAAGGCGAGGAUCUGCUGGGAGUCUUCUCCGCCCACAGCAGCUCCACAAACAACAGUCCUACUGACGCCUCGGCCCUUUGCGUUUACCCCCUCGAUGAGCUCGACCGGCACAUCGACUCCACCCGCGACCUCUGCUACACGCAGGACGGGCGGGUGGAGGGCAGAGGAGAGGUGGCCUACAUAGAGUAUGAGGUCAAGUCCAGCUGCGCAAACCUGCCCGUGAAUACCCUGAAGGCGUAUCCCUGUGGCUCUGACCACACCCCUAGUCCGAUGGCGAGCCGGGCACCGCUGGAAGCAAAAACCGUAUGGCACACGUCCGCCGCCCGUCUCACCGCCGUGGCCGUCAGUGUCAGAGACGGACACAGCAUCGCCUUCCUGGGAGACUCCCAAGGGACUCUGUACAAGGUAUACCUUGGCCGAGAUGGCACCGUGGAGGUAUAUGAAAACACAACGGUUCAUCCCAACUCGCCCAUCAACAGUGACCUUUUGUUGGAUCUGAAUGGAGCCCACAUCUACAUCAUGACCAAAACUCGUGUCGAGAAGCGUCCGGUGGCAGAAUGUGGAAAUCACCUGGACUGUCAGUCCUGUCUGUCCGCCAGAGAUCCCUACUGUGGCUGGUGUGUGUUGGAGGGAAGGUGUGGCCAGCGAUGGGAGUGCCAACGAGGGUCUCUGCAGGGCCAGUGGCUGUGGAGUUUCAACCAGGCGCAGCAGUGUCUCAGCAUUCAGCACCUCAGCUUCUACAACAUCAGCCGCGGGGAGAAAACUGAUAUUACAGUGUCAGUAGAGGGCCUCCCCAGUCUAGGAGAAGCAGAGUCCUACUCUUGCUUCUUCCAGGACACAGAAAGUCCUGCGUCACUCACCAACACUGGUGUAACAUGCUCCACCCCUGACGCCAGCAGCCUCCCCACCAUCGGUCACGGAGAUGAAUUUGUGAUGGUGACCCUGUCGCUGCGUUUCACAAAUGUGACGGUAGCAGAGACAGAAUUCACCUUCUACAACUGCAGCUUGGUCCAGGAGCUGUCUGGACGCAGGCCAUGCCAAGGGUGUGUCAGCAGUCGCUGGGGCUGUAACUGGUGCAUCCACCAGCAUGUCUGCACACACGAACACACCUGCAGACACGGAGUCACUGUCUACAACCGAAACUUCAAACCGCCAACACCCACCAUCCCCCCACCCACCAGAAAACAGACCCCUUUACCCCCUACUGUCCUGGCUGCUACAACUACAACACCACCACCAACAACACCACCACCACCAACAACAACAACAACACCACCACCACCUACAACACCAUCAACCACAGCAACAACAACAACAACAACAACAACAACAACAACAAAGCCGACCCCCACAGAGAUACCUACCCCAACCACAGCAGCUGCCCUUUCAACUGCCACCACAGUGAUACCACCCACCAGCCCUGAUGCUGAAUACACGUCGACCGUUACCCUGGCCACAACUUCCCCCUUUGUCAGCACCCAGGUCACCGCCGUCCACACCGAUGUCACGACCGCAAACGCGUCCCUUUCUGAUGUGGAGACAGCGACAGAUGGAAUCGGCGCCACCACAAGAGGCUUUUCAGAGGAUGCCGGCACUCGCACCUCAAAUAUCACUGUCGAAUAUCUCCACACUACAUUACCCAGCAGCACUAGCGGCCAGGCAGACCCUGCCCUGAGAUUUUCAGAGAUGUCCGGUGAAGCGGUGGGAUCUUCCUCUGACGUGAGCUCGACCACCUCCAGCGAAGUGGCCCUUUUAAUGCACCUUCCUGUCGCCGACAGUAAUGACUCUAGAGAGGCCGACUCACCUGGGUGGUUGAAUGAGUGGGAGGGGCCAGAGGGAGAGACCGAGGUGGACCCUGCACUUGCAGUUGGUGCCAGCGAGCGCUCAGACAUCUACACUCAAUCGCCUAGAACAGUCGUUGAUCUCUACCCAGAACUGGCGACACACUACCAAUCAGAUUCGUCGACCGAUUCUUAUUUUCCGGACUGUCCAUGUGUGGAGAAAGUCCAGGGGUCCUCCCUCCUCCCGGUCAGCGUGGAGAGGAAAAUCACUCUGGUGGGGCAACAUCUGAACCUGUUUCAGGACAAGGACUUGGACUACGAGUGUGUGUUGGACAUUGAGAACCACUCGGUGGUGGUGGACGCCUCUGUGGAGCCGGAUGCCACCCAGCCAUCAGUCUUCUUUAUCACCUGCCAAACGCACCAGUAUGCCUACUCUGUCUUGUUGGAGGAAUACCCAGCCAUGAUCAACGUGAGGAGAAAGAACAACUUCCUUAUCGACAGCGCUGAGGAUCUGUACGUCACUCUGUUCAACUGCUCAGUGGGGCGGUCGGACUGCAGCCGAUGUCGCACUGCUGAGCCUCGGUACGGCUGCGUUUGGUGCGGCGGUGCUGCCACCUCCCGCUGCGUCUACCAGGACUCCUGCACCGGCCAGAUCGAACACACCUGCCCUGCACCAGUCAUUCACUUCUUGGACCCGGUGUCUGGUCCUGUGGAAGGAGGCACAGUCGUGACUAUCUCCGGCUCGAACCUCGGCCAGAGAGCUGAAGACAUCCAGAGCUCAGUCACUGUGGCCGGGGUGCCCUGCAGCGUCAUCCACAGCCGAUACGAGGUCUCCUCCAGGAUUGUGUGUGAGACCACAAGGAGCGUGGGAGAGAAGAGCGGCCAGGCCUCGGUCAAAGUGAGGGGAGGAGGUCUCGGACUGUCGGCUCAGACCUUCAGCUUCCAGGACCCCGUACUGAGCAGCAUCUUCCCCCAGAGGGGGCCCAAGGCCGGGGGCUCGUCUCUCACCAUCAGGGGCCGGAGGCUGAGGACCGGACACCCGAGCGAGGUCAGCGUCCUGAUUGGAGGAGUGCCCUGCAUGGUGCUCAACAUCCUUGAGGAUCAAAUCCACUGUGUAAGUAAAGGCACCAACCGAACAGGAGAACACAGCAUCAGUGUGCGGUUCGGUGGGGCGGAGCGCCACCUGCAGGGUUCCGUGUAUCAUUACACCCCCAACCCCAACAUCACAAUGGCGACGCCGUCCAAAAGCUUCCUCAGUGGAGGCCGGAUCAUCAGAGUCUCCGGUCAGAACCUGGAUGUGGUCCAAGAACCAAAGAUGCGGGUCACCCUCAGCCCCCCUGAUACGCUCCCUCCCAGGAGGAGAAGGAGCAGCGUCAACAGGAGGCACGAAGGAAGAAGAGAUCACCAGGGUCCCGCGAAGAGAUGGAGGAGGAUCGUGCCAGACACCAACUGUCCUCAUGGGGCACUCUGUCAUGUCAAACAGUACGAGUCCCGCUGCACAGUGAACAGCUCCUCCCUCAUCUUGUGUCGGACACCGGCGGUGGGGCCGGUGGCCAGGAGCGCCAGGGUCAAAGUACACUUCCUGCUGGACAGCCUCCAUUUUGACUUCAGUGCCGUGGGAAAAGGCGCCUUCAGCUACGAGGCCAACCCGCAGCUCUACACGCUGAACCAGAACGACCCCAGCAAACCGUACCACCACAAGCCCGGCAGCGUCAUCUCUGUGGAGGGAGAGAACCUGGAUCUGGCCAUCCACAAGCAUGAGGUGGAGGCCCGGAUCGGGGAGGGCGUGUGUGCGGUGAAAACCUUGACCCACAACCACCUGUACUGCGAACCGCCAGCUCAGCAACCCUCGGUGGCAGCCGGCAAGAAGCAGGACGGCAUGGACAGUCUGCCCGAGUUCACCGUGAAAAUGGGGAACCUGAACUUCUCCCUGGGCAGAGUGCAGUACGACAGCCAGGCCCAGUCCACGUUUCCUCUGGAAGCGCAGGUGGGAGUCGGGGUGGGAGCCUCCAUCGUGGCGCUCAUUGUGCUCAUCAUAGUGCUCAUAUACAGGAGAAAGAGCAAACAGGCAAUGAGGGACUAUAAGAAGGUGCAGAUUCAGCUGGAGAACCUGGAGACCAGUGUGAGAGACCGCUGUAAGAAGGAGUUCACAGACCUGAUGACGGAGAUGAUGGACAUGUCCAGUGACCUGGUGGGCUCCGGGAUUCCCUUCCUGGAUUACCGGGCGUACGCCGAGCGCAUUUUCUUCCCGGGUCACCAGGAGUCGCCGCUGAGGCGAGAUCUGGACGUUCCCGAGAGUCGGAGGCAGACGGUGGAGCAGGGGCUGGUUCAGCUGUCCAACCUGCUCAACAGUAAACUGUUUCUCACCAAGUUCAUUCACACUCUGGAGGUGCAGCGGACGUUCUCCCCCAGGGACCGGGCUUACGUGGCCUCUCUGCUGACUGUGGCGCUGCAUGGUAAACUGGAGUACUUCACAGACAUCCUGAAGACGCUGCUCAACGAUCUGGUGGAGCAGUACGUGGCCAAGAACCCCAAACUGAUGCUCCGGAGAACCGAGUCUGUGGUGGAGAAGCUACUCACAAACUGGAUGUCCAUCUGUCUCUUCACCUUUCUGAGGGAAUCAGCGGGGGAGUCGUUCUACAUGCUGUUCAGGGCGAUAAAGCACCAGGUGGACAAGGGACCCGUGGACGCGGUGACGGGAAAAGCCAAGUACACACUGAACGACAACCGGCUGCUACGGGAGGACGUGGAGUACCGCACACUGACGCUCAAUGUUGUGAUGCCAGCCGGGGCGGCCGGUGGAGGCACCACUGCGCAGACGGUACCUGCCAAGGUCCUGGACUGUGACACCAUCACCCAGGUGAAGGAGAAGCUCCUGGAGCAAACCUGGAAGGGAACCUCCUUCUCCCAGAGGCCACACGUUGACUCGCUGCAUCUCGAGUGGCGUUCAGGUGUUGCAGGUCACCUAAUCCUAUCGGAUGAGGACCUGACAUCCGUAGUGCAAGGCUUGUGGAAGCGCCUUAACACACUGCAACACUACAAGGUCCCUGAUGGAGCGACGGUCGCCCUCGUCGCCAGGAACACCAAACAUCUCCUCCAUGACAGCCAUGAUUACAUGCCUGGAGAAAAGACCCCCAUGCUGGAUGACGGGGAGGAGGGGGGCGUGAGGCUCUGGCAUCUGGUGAAGGCCAGCGAGGAGUCGGAGCUGCCCAAGCACAGGAGGGGUAGCGUGAGGGAGAGGGGUGGGGAGAGAGCCAAGGCUAUCCCCGAGAUCUACCUCACCCGACUGCUCUCCAUGAAGGGCACGCUGCAGAAGUUUGUGGACGAUCUAUUCACUGCGAUCCUCAGCACCAGUCGCCCUGUACCUCUGGCCGUCAAGUACUUUUUCGACUUGCUGGAUGAGCAGGCGCUGCAGCACAACAUCACGGACCCCGAGACCAUCCACAUCUGGAAGACCAACAGUUUACCACUGCGCUUCUGGAUCAAUAUCCUGAAGAACCCACAGUUCAUCUUCGACGUGCAGACCUCGGACCAUGUGGAUGCCGUGCUGUCCGUCAUCGCCCAAACCUUCAUGGAUUCUUGCACCAUCGCCGACCACAAACUGGGACGGGACUCCCCCAUCAACAAGUUGCUGUAUGCCAGAGACAUCCCGCGCUACAAGCAGAUGGUGGAGAGGUAUUACGCAGACAUCCGUCAGACCAUCUCUGCAAGUGACCAGGAGAUGAACUCGGCUCUGGCAGAACUCUCCCAUAAUUACGCUGCUGAGGUCAACUGCCUUGUGGCUCUACACGAGCUGUACAAGUACAUCAACAAAUACUAUGAUCAAAUCAUCACAGCUCUGGAAGAGGACGCCACCGCUCAGAAGAUGCAGCUCGGCUACAGGCUCCAGCAGAUCGCCGCUGCUGUAGAAAACAAAGUCACCGACCUAUGACCCAGAGGACACGCUGGAUCUCUCCUCUAACCUCGAAGAGACGGCAACAUUGGCGAAAUUGGUUUCUUUUCUCUCUUUUUCACGAGGAGGUACAAAGGAACAGCUUGCUGUCAUUUGACAGACUCAAUUUUUUGUGAAGUGAGCAACAAUCUCAAGAGGAUCACUGACACUGACCAUGUUUCCUGACUCCCGACACAUUUCCUUACCACACUGCUCCGAGCAGAAAACAGGAGAAAAUGUGAAAUGAGUCUCACGAAGCUGCGACGCCUCUCCUCCCGAGGAUUUCCCACCAUUGAGGGAGAGACGUAAUACGAACAGAGAUCAGUGCUGACUCUUUGUAUCAUGUUGAACAUUCCUGCAGGCUUUUACAGGCUCGUCAGUCUCGUGCUGAGGUGAUGGAUGCUGGGGGGGGUGUGUGUGUGUGUGUGUGUGUGUGUGUGUGUGUGUGUGUGUGUGUGUGUGUGUGUGUAUGUGUGUGUGUGUGUGUGUGUGGGCCGGGCCGAUGAGGGAAAAGGGAAAAGGAGGAUUUGAAACUCUUAACGUCAGCUGUGUGUGUUCCAAAAGUCUUACGCAAAGGACAAAACAGAUAACGACACGGUCGAGGAGCCUUUUUUUGAAAUUCUGCUUUUAGCUUCGUCGAAUCAUUCUCCCAAGUCUUACUCUGACAGUUGUUGUUUUUUUUAAUCUUUCAUGCUUCACAUCCCUUCUUGUCCUUUGACUGUUUUUAACCGAUCCUGCACUCGCGUUUGAACAGAAAACCAGAGUUGAUUUUAUUUCGUUGAAAACCCGGCACACCGAUAAUCUCGUCUGGCUCUCUCCUCGACCUCCUGCUGUCGUGUACAGUAUCUUCUUCUUCUUUGGCAGAUGUCGAUGUACGUUUUUUGGUCAGGGUGCUUGAAGCUAACUCCGUCCUGAAGGAAACCACGAGAGUAAAAUCCUCCACACGAGUUUAACCAUAUAAAACCGAUCUCCACUAAACCAGUGAGAACCGACGGAUCCUAUCACCAGGGGAAAGGCCGAGCCUGACUUUUUAAGGAAACACACAUGCGCAAAUAAUGUUAAAUAAUGCACACGGGAAUCCAGGAAUAUGUAUCUGAUAAAGGAAUUCCACAUACAAUUUUUUUUUUAUCUUUCACCGCCACUCAGGGUUUAUUUCCUGUUUGCGUCAGACAUUUCCCUACUGCCGGAUUCUUUUUUUCUUCUAUGAAUCAUAAAUCCUGGGGUUACUGUGAAAAAGAAAUUGUGGAAUUAAACAACGUAAUGUUCAGUCAUUUCUUAUAUGUGCAUUUUUGUACAUGCAUUGAUUUCCAUUGCUUAGUCCAAUUUAUUUAUCUUAUUUAAGUCAGGUUUGAUCUUUCCGCGUUUCAUCCAAAAUAUGUUUUGCUUCUGUCUUUAAUAUACACGUUCCAUUUUUUGGAUUGACGAUUAUUUUUCACUACUCAACCGAGCUGUUGUCUCUUUUCCGUGGUAACUUGACGACACCGGAGUCCACGUUGCAGCUGAUUCAGCUCCACGUGUACAUGCCUGUACGUUUCGAACUUUGCCUUAUUGUUUUUCAAGGUGAAGGAAAUCGAGGAAACGGCGGUCGCAGCACAACUGCCUCCAGGUAUCUGGUUUUCACACCUGAAAGCCCACGGCCCGAUUUUAAGCUUUAAUUUGCAUUCGCGUUUUCGGUGUCGAUGCCAGAUAUUAGCGGUGCAAAGCUGCACCUCUUCACCCCACGCAAGACGGCAUCGCUCCUCUUCUUCAACGAGUCAAUGUGGCUGAUAAACAAAAGUGUUCCCAGUUUCUUUGUGAUGAAAGACUUUUCCCAGUUUUUUUUUCUUUUUUCUCCAAUUUAAUUUAUUGUUUAUUUAUUUUAUUGCACAUGUUGUUGGUCAUUAUUUUCAGACUUAGAAAAUAAUAAUAAUGCUUAUGUCCCUCCCAAUCAGAUGUUACGUUUUGAUUCUUUUUUUUCUUCUUUUGUUUUUUAAAAGCAAGAGUUAUUUUUGGACCUCAUGGUUUUUCCGUUUUUAUCUGCUGAUCAAGUCAAAGUCAAAUUCUGACACAGUUCCAAUCGCAUUUUAUAUGUUGCAUCCAUUUUAAGAAGCUGUAGAGAAAUAUGAUUUUAUAAUGUUGUACAUUAAAAAAAAAACUUAUUACCAUUCUUUGCCGUACACGUCAGUGGCUUACCUGUGUAUGCGCAGCUCAGUUCUGAUGUUUGACCAUUUCUCCGUGCUGUAGAUACAAACUGUUCUUAAGUAAUCCUGACUUUAGUGAGCUCUGACUAAUUGAUAGGACGAACCUAACAACAACUUAAUGUGAUGCAAUAAAGUGGUCCCAGUGUUA